UAUUCCGAUACAGUGGCGUGCAUCUUUUGUCCGCAGAUUCCUGGCUUUUUGAAAGCGGUGCAUUGAAAGCGCAAUGAAAGUCUUCAGAAUACUUUUACUUCUCGCAAUCUUUAUUAGGUCCUACUGCCAAAAUACGAAUACAUUUUUAACGGCCCUUGCAAGCAGUUCAUCAUAUUGGGUACACCAGACAACGCACACACUUUCACAGUAUACAAAAUGCUUUCAAUACGGAAUUCUCGAGGGAUACGGAAUGACGAAAUUCCUACUCGGCCAAAAAUACGAAGUUCUAAAGAACAUAAGUGAUACGGACACAAAAGUAGACAUUUGUCACUGGUAUACACAUGUGCUGGAAAUACGUGACGCAAAUUUCACCAUGAACAUGACCAGAUUGUGGGACAGAAAAAAUAUUACCUACAAACUGAAGUACUGGAAUAAUACAGAAAAAUGCUUUAUACUUCAAUUCAAUGUCGAUGCAUUCCAGGCCCAGGACCUCGGUGAGGACGACCUUGAAAGGGAUCUCUUACAUGGAUAUUCGGCUCACUAUGAUCAUUUUGACGCACCUGAAGUGGAGGGUCGCGAACAAUCUGUAAAUGAGCAGUGACCAAACGCUACCGUGUGCCGUCAACUCUGCCAAAGGUAUGGCUGACAAGAAGGAGUGUGCACAAAAUAGAACGAGAGAUAUUCUUGCGAAUGCAAUGUGUCAUGGUGAUUACUUAAGGGUGCCUCUGAUUUAUUAAAAGGAAAAAGAAAUAAAA